AUCUCAGCAAGUUAUAGAAGGUUGUUUCUGCAGCGGGAAUCUCUUUCGGAGGGUUCAUCUUAAUUCUCUCGGAUACCCACCGAUCGCAUCCACCAUAAAUACGGAGUCAUCCACCAUUUCUUUGUUUUGGUCCCAUCCGCCCGCCGUGUCUUGAUGUCACGGAUCACAAGAUGACGGCUCGAUGACUAACAGUUCUUAUAACUGGCUGGCUGCCAGUUAUAACUUAGUAGUAUAACUAAGGUAGACAACCAUGAUCUUCUUUUCGCGCUGAGAUCGUUCAGGCAUACCUCUUGAGCUAAAUUAGCAACAUGUGAAAUCCUCAAAUGAAAAUGGCCCAGUAUCUCAACAGGCAGGUUGUCGUCAUUUCCGCUGAUACCCCCUACUAUGAUCUCGGAUCCUUCCACCGAUCAGUUACUACCACCAACAGGGAUGCUCAAGUCUGGUUCGACCGUGGUCUUACCUGGUGCUAUGCCUUCAACCAUGAGCAGGCGGCCGAAUGCUUCAACCAAGCGAUCGUGCACGACCCAAAAUGUGCUAUGGCAUACUGGGGACUAGCCUUUGCGCUUGGGCCAAACUAUAACAUGUCGUGGGAGGCCUUCCCGCCCCAGGCACUGGAUGUGGUUGUGGGGCGUACGCACUCUGCGCUCACGCAGGCUCUGGAGAACAGCCAAGCGGCCUCGCCGGUCGAGCAGGGUCUCAUUAGAGCACUUCAAGCCCGCUUUCCCCAAAAGCAUGCACCAAAGGAACCCCAAGAGCUGCAGUUAUGGAGCAGAGCCUACGCGGAGGCAAUGCGGGUGGUUUAUGAAAAGUUCCCAGGCGACUUGGAUGUCACCGCACUCUACGCCGACAGCCUCAUCAACCUCACUCCGUGGCGGCUCUGGGACUUGAACACCGGACAUCCGACGCCGGGGUCGUGUACGUUGGAGGCUAAAGAUGUCCUCCACCGCGCUCUGGCGGAAGAUGGCGGCUACGCACACCCGGGCUUGCUGCAUGUGUACAUCCACCUCAUGGAGAUGUCCAGUCAGCCGGAGGCGGUCUUGCAGAUCGCUGACCGUCUCCGUGGAUUGGUGCCUGACUCGGGCCAUCUUCAUCAUAUGCCUACUCACAUCGACAUCCUCUGCGGGGACUAUCAGCGAGCCAUCAUGUCGAACUCCGACGCGGUGCGUGCGGACGAGAAACAUCUUGCGCUGUCUCGACCCCAGGGCAUCUAUACGAUGUACAGGUCGCACAACUACCACUUUUUGAUCUAUGCAGCCAUGCUUGCAGGGCAGUUCAAGGUCGCGUUAGACACUGCGCUCAAGCUGGAGAAAUCACUUUCUGAGGAGAUAUUACGCAUCGCCCAUCCCCCUAUGGCCAUGUUUCUCGAGUCUUUUGUGCCAAUGCGCGUGCAUGUUCUGAUCCGCUUCGGGCGGUGGCGAGAUAUCCUCGAAAUCAACCUUCCAGAUGACCGAGACCUGUACUGCGUGACGACCGCAGUGAUACAUUAUGGUAAAGCUGUUGCGCAUGCUGCUCUGGGCGAGGUCCACAGGGCCAGCCAGGAGCAGGAAUUGUUCCGUGAAGCCUUUCGACGAAUCCCACCAUCGCGCACCUUGCACAACAACACUUGUCUGGACAUUCUAGCUAUCGCGCAGGCCAUGCUUGAUGGAGAGCUCGAAUACCGCCGCGGCAACAUCCCUCAGGCGUUCCAACAUCUGACUCAUGCCACCCAACUGUAUGAUAAGCUUCCCUACGACGAGCCGUGGGGAUGGAUGCAGCCUAUCCGACAUGUCCAUGGUGCCUUGCUGCUGGAGCAGGGGCUUGUGGAAGAGGCAGCAGACGUCUACGCUGCGGAUCUGGGGGUGGACGACUAUCUACCGCGUGCCAAACAGCACCCGAACAAUGUGUGGUCGUUGCAUGGGUAUCAUGAGUGCCUUGUGAGAUUGGGCCGUGGACCCGAGGCGCGCAUUCUUGGCUUGCAGCUUAGGAUGGCAUUGGCCCGGGCGGAUGUCCCGAUCAAAUCGUCUUGUUUUUGUCGUCUCGGUGCUGGACACAAGUAGGGAUGAUGCUUGGGGCUAUGUUGUUGCCGAUUCAGUUGGCCUUACUUACUGUUUCGAGGGAGCUGUCUUUACUCGAGACUGUGACAGUGACUGUUGCUGCCAAUGAGGCUAUAUUUAAUGCAUUUCCUAUGGACAACUAGGACAUGAAUUUUCCAGACCAGGUUUUGGAUUAGUGGGUUUCAGGCACAAAUUCUGCAUCCAUGCCUUUCCGGAGUUGACUGUAAUUGCUCAACCUGCGCGGGCCGUAAGCAAAGGAGAUCCAUAACUUCUCAUACCGUAGCAUUGUAUCAUAGAACAGAGUCUA